AUGACUGAAGUUAAAAAGAAAGGAAUUAGCAUCCGUGAGGCAGCAAAUAAGUACAGUCUGUGUCAUUCCACGAUCAGCCGGAACAUGAAAAAAGAUAAACCUUAUCAGGAACGGUCCUACGGCAGACCUACGGCUCUCACAGCAGGGGAAGAGAAGAGGCUCGUUGAUGGCCUCCUAUUGGCUGCCGAGUGGGGGAUGCCUUUUGAUCGAACCGAAGUGCGGACCGUAGUAAAACGCUUUCUUGACAAGCAAGGUCGAAAAGAAACACGAUUCAAGGACAAUCUUCCCGGUAUCGACUGGUGCAUCUCGUUUUUGAAUCGGCAUAAGGAGCCGAAGACUCGUUGUUGUGAGAAUAUUAAGAGGUCAAGAGCAGCUGUGUCGAAAGAGCAAAUCGGGAACUAUUUUGAUAACUUGGAAGUGACGUUGAAAGAUGUUUCCCCGGAUGCUAUCAUCAAUUACGAUGAAACGAAUUUGACCGAUGAUCCAGGUCGUUCUCAAGUCAUCGUGCGUCGUGGAGCCAAACAUGCAGAACGAAUUAUGGACUCUACCAAAACCAGUACGUCAGCAAUGUUUGCCGGGACAGCAUCGGGUAAGGUACUUCCUCCAUUCGUGGUGUAUAAAAGCAAGUUUAUCUACGACACGUGGACUGAGUACGGGCCUGGUGGAACUGUCUAUGACUGUUCCAACAGCGGAUGGUUUGAUAACUAUCUGUUCGAGCAAUGGUUUUUUAAAAUUGCUCUGAAACAUUUCAAGGAUGUCGACUCAAAAGUUGGGGAAACUGUCCCCAAGUUGCUCAUCGGAGAUAAUUUGGCCAGUCACCUCUCAAUUUCAGUGAUCGAAGCUUGUCGAGAUCACAACAUCCGGUUUGUGUUCCUGCCUCCUAACAGCACACACAUUUGCCAGCCUCUAGAUGUUGCAUAUUUUCGGCCGCUUAAGAUCAAAUGGAAGGAAGUGUUGGCUGAAUACAAGACCAAACAUAAGGGAACGGUUCCGAAAUUCGUAUUCCCAGGACUCCUUAAAAAAGCCCUCGAUAGAAUGGACAAGGCCAGCGACAAUUUGCGGGCAGGAUUCAGAGCAUCAGGUAUUUAUCCGUUGAAUCGUUUUCAAGUCCUUAAGAAGCUGCCAUCGACUGAGAGCGAGGCAGGUAAGAACGCAGACGAGUCGUGGUCAGCUGCUUUCGUCGAUGUUCUAAAAGAAGCUCGAUUUGGAAAUGAGUCAGUCACCCAAAAACGCAAGAAAAGGAUCCAAGUUGAACCUGGUCAGACCGUUAAGGUUGAGGAUAUUCCUUCAUCAACGAACAAGCAGUCCAGCAACGAAGAUAAGAGACCAUCUACUGGCAAUGCAAGCAAGGAGGAUCCUUUGUUGAUUCCAAAAAAGGAAAAUGAACAUCCACGGGCUGGAAAUAAACGUAAGAAGGCGGGAAAUGGAAAAUCUAACAAGGAUCGUGUGAAGACAGAUAACGCAGCAGGAAAUAAGAAACUGGUGACAGCAGCCCCAAAACGCCCAACCAAGAAACCGAGAAUCUGA